UACGUAUCAAAUGUACUCCAAAUCUUUUAGUAAUGGUGGUAUAGUUUAUAGCUUUCUAUCUUCGUCAGUUUGCCACUUAUUCUUGUGUUGUAAUAAGUGAUUUAAAGUCCAAAUAUGGGGUGUACCGCUACAGGAUAUAGAACAUUUCUCAUUUGCUGCAAUUUCGCAUUAUUGUUUGUGGGCGGAUCUGUUCUCAUUCUUGGCUUGAAGAUGAAAUGGGCACUGUCCUUGCUUUUCCUGACCAGUAUACCAAUUAUUGCCAAAGCGAUAGAAGCUGUUAUUGCCACAGGCUUCUUUAUUUCCCUUGCAGGUCUAACAGGAAUUUCCGGAGCGUGCUACGAAUGCAUGUGGCUACUAAUAGUGCACUUGGCUUCUCUUGGAGUGAUCGUAAUUAUGGAAUUUAGCCUUGGAGUCACUCUGAUGUUUGUUAAAAAUACGAUUCAAUCUACUGUUGAAAAAUCGGAUUGCAGUAGUUUUUGUGCUACAACUCUAGAUGCUAUGGUUUUGGAUUAUGCGUUACCGUCAGCUGGCCUGAUGAUGACAAUAAUUAUACUUGAGAGACUUGACGUAUGCCAGAGUGCUAUAUCGCAGCAAAUUCUGCAGACUGAAGAUGGAGAAAAAUUAUUUAGUGAUGAUUUUCAAGAAGCGGAGAAUUAUCGAGAUAAGUUUCUAGAACAGUGUGCUCAAAUAGAUGCGGAAAUACAAGCCUCUUCUCCUUCAAAUAAUUCCGAAUCUAGGAAAUUUAAAUUGCCUAAAAUUGAGCUUAAAAAAUUCAGUGGUGAAGCUAAAGAUUACCUGACUUUUUGGAGUCAGUUUCCAGAAAAUCCACGAUGA